CGCCGCGGGGCUGUCAUGGCGUCCCCUCCUUUCUGCCCAAACUGCAGCCGGCUAAUCUGGAUCUGUGUUCUCCUGGGGGCCCUGUGGAAAAUCCGGGCCGAACAAAUCCGCUACUCGGUGCCUGAGGAGCUGGAGAAGGGCUCCUUCGUGGGCAACAUCGCCAAGGACCUGGGGCUGGAGCCCCAGGAGCUGGCGAAGCGCGGAGUCCGCAUCGUCUCCAGAGGUAGGACGCAGCUCUUUGCUCUGAACCCGCGAAGCGGCAGCUUGGUCACCGCGGGCAGGAUAGAUCGGGAGGAGCUCUGUGACAGAUCUCCCAAGUGUGUAGUAAACCUAGAGAUUCUCUUAGAAGACAAAGUGAAGAUUUUUGGAGUUGAAGUGGAAAUAAUUGAUGUUAAUGAUAAUGCGCCCGACUUUGGGGCAGAGCAAAGGGAAAUAAAAGUCGCUGAAAAUGAAAACCCUGGGACAAGGUUUCCUCUUCCUGAAGCUUUUGAUCCGGAUAUAGGAAUAAACUCCCUACAGGGUUACCAGCUCAGCUCGAAUGUCCACUUCUCCCUAUACGUGCAAAGCGGAACUGAUGAGAUUAAGUAUCCUGAGCUGGUACUGGAGCACGCCCUGGACCGUGAGGAAGAGGCGGUUCACCACCUCAUUCUGACCGCCUUUGACGGAGGCGACCCGGUUUACUCUGGCACUGCCAGGAUUCUUGUAACACUUGUGGAUACCAACGACAAUGCCCCGGUAUUCACUCAGCCCGAGUACCACAUCAGUGUGCGGGAGAAUGUGACGGUGGGCUCCAGGCUACUCACUGUAAAAGCCACUGAUCCAGAUGAAGGGGCCAAUGGAGAAGUCACAUAUUCUUUCCGGAAAGUAAGAGAUAAAAUAUCCCAGCUCUUCCAGUUGAAUUCUCUGACUGGGGACAUAACGAUAUUGGGAGGUUUGGAUUAUGAGGACUCUGGAUUCUAUGAUAUAGAUGUAGAAGCCCACGAUGGACCUGGUCUCCGAGCCAGAAGUAAGGUACUGGUGACAAUUCUGGAUGUAAAUGACAAUGCUCCAGAAGUCACAGUUACAUCUCUCACCAGCUCUAUCCAAGAAACUUCUUCCCCAGGCACAGUAAUUGCACUUUUCAAUGUGCAUGACAGUGAUUCAGGAGAGAAUGGCCUUGUCACGUGUUCCAUUCUGGAUAACCUGCCAUUCACACUUGAAAAGACCUAUGGAAAUUAUUAUCGGUUGUUGACACACAGGGCUCUGGAUAGGGAAGAGGUCUCAGAAUAUAACAUCACUGUAACUGCCACUGACCAUGGAACUCCGCCAUUGUCUACAGAAACAUACAUCUCACUGAACGUGGCAGACGUCAAUGACAAUCCACCUGCCUUCCCUCAUGCUUCCUACAUGGCCUACAUUCCAGAAAACAACCCCAGGGGAGCCUCCAUCUUCUCUGUGACCGCCCAUGACCCUGAUAGUAACCAGAACUCAAGGGUCACUUACUCUCUGGCUGAAGACACACUGCAGGGGUCGCCUCUCUCCACCUACGUCUCUAUAAACAAGGACACUGGAGUCCUGUAUGCUUUGCAGUCCUUUGACUUUGAGCACGUUACAGACCUGCAGCUACUGGUGACUGCUAGUGACAGCGGGGACCCACCACUCAGCACCAGUGUGUCUGUGAGCAUAUUUGUGCUCGACCAGAAUGACAAUUCACCCGAAAUCCUAUACCCCGCCCUCCCCACUGAUGGUUCUACCGGUGUGGAGCUGGCACCCCGCUCCGCAGAGCCCGGCUACCUGGUCACCAAGGUGGUGGCAGUGGACAGAGACUCGGGACAGAACGCCUGGCUGUCCUACCGUCUGCUCAAGGCCAGUGACCCAGGGCUCUUCGCGGUGGGGCUGCACACGGGCGAGGUGCGCACAGCGCGGGCCCUGCUGGACAGAGACGCGCUCAAGCAGAGCCUGGUGGUGGCCGUCCAGGACCACGGCCAGCCCCCUCUCUCGGCCACCGUCACGCUCACUGUGGCUGUGGCUGACAGCAUCCCAGACAUCCUGACUGACCUAGGCAGCCUGAAGCCCUCAGUGGAUCCUGACGACUCAGGCCUCACACUCUACCUGGUGGUGGCGGUGGCCGCGGUCUCCUGCGUCUUCCUUGCCUUUGUCAUCGUGCUACUGGCGCUCAGACUGCGGCGCUGGCACAUGUCGCAUCUGCUCCAGGCUUCGGGCAGCGGGUUGGCUGGCGUGCGGGCGUCUCAGUUUGUGGGCGUGGACGGGGUGCGGGCUUUCCUGCAGACCUAUUCGCACGAGGUCUCGCUCACCGCAGACUCUCGGAGGAGUCACGUGAUCUUCCCGCAGCCGAACUACGCGGACACGCUCAUCAGCCAGGAGAGCUGUGGGAAAAGCGAGCCUCUCCUGAUAUCUCAGGAUUUACUGGAAACAAAAGGUGAAUCCAGUCUUAAUCAGGUGAGUCAAAUCUUGCCACACUGA